AUGGAUACCAUGGAAGAGCUUCCAUCUAUGCUGUGGGGAUUGGAUCCUAUCUUUUCUGCGUUCGCCAGGCUACACAUCAGUGACAUUCACCACAUGAAAGAAUCCUGUCAAGUGCCAGAUAUUUAUUUCUACAAAUCGCAUCCGAUCUACAACGUUGAUGUUCUUGGGACAGUCGUUUAUAAGAAGGAAAGAGAGGACUUUUUCUGUUAUGGAGUGGACGACGGAACUGGUGUUAUAAACUGCCUGUGUUGGAAAAACGAUCCGAUAAAAGAGGGGGUGGAUUGUGGUAAAUCUUGGGGGAAACCAAGUGCUGGCUUUCAGGGAGGCUUUAAUCUAGCUGCUGAGCUGAAAAAGAUGAGACAGGCCCAAAAGAGCCACUGCCAUUUAGAGAUUGGGGAUCUUCUACGAAUCAGAGGACCAGUGAAGACUUCAAGGCAACAGAGAGAGAUUACAGCCUCUACCUACUAUAAAGUAAAUGAUCCAGUGAUGUCAGUCCAGAUUGAAUGGAUGAUUGAAGUUUUAAAGCUGUACAGAGAGUUCUAUGACAAACCACUUGAUUUGCAAACCUACAUGACAAAUGAGUCUCCCGUUAGUUCCCUUAGUAAAGCAACAAAUAUCCUCAAAGAUUUCUUCGAGCAGGGGUCUGUGAGCAAGUUCAGGCCUUAUGAUGUUCAGGACCUCCUGCUACCUCUGAUCACUAGUUGUACUGAAAUAGCACCUGGACAGCAGGAGCCUGUGGCGGGUCCAUCUCCAAGCCAACAACUAAGUAUGCUUCUUAAAGAGGCCCUGGAAGUUUUACAGAAUGAGGGUAUUGUGUACCGCAAGGUUAAAUCCCAGGAUGAAGUAUAUUUAGUGACUGCACAGGAUAAAGAUCUUCUAAUGGCAGUUAAAGACAUAAUCAGGGAAGACUCAAAAAGAGCAAUGUAUCGAGAGAAGGGUUGCCACAUCCUCCACAUCUUGUCUUCAGUCAGACAGCGCUACAGCUUGAACGUGAGCAAAACAGAGCUUGAGCUGGUUCUCAAAUUACUGGAGUGCAACAGUGACAUUGUUAGCACCAGAGAUAACUAUUUUACUAUUUUUGGCUUGGAUUAA